CGUUGUAGCUGCUGUGUUCAGUGUUGUAUCUGGCACAGUCGGUUCUUCCUCUUCCUCCUCCUUCUUCAACCCCCCCCGACUCUUCUUCUCUCGUUUUUCUGUUUGGUUGACGCUAACCAAAACUGUGCAGCUCACUCACUCACUCUCACACACACACAUAUAUACACACACCCAACGAAAGAAAGAAAGAGCAAUUUAUAUUAUAUAUAUAUACAAUACAAUAUACAUUAUUGGUAAAUUAAAGAGCUCUGAGUUUUAGAGGACAUAUAUUUAUUUAUAUCUGCAGAGAGAGUGAGUGAGAACAAGGAAAGAAAGAAAGAAAGAAAAAAUAGCGAGAGGAAGAAAGAAAGAAAGAAAGACAAGCAACAAAACGACCGUUCCAUCCAUAUUCAUAUGGCAUUGUUUUUCCUUUCUCUUGGAGUCAUGUUAUUCGCAUUUUCACUUUGAUUUUUGCCCCCCCUCUCAACCUUAAUUAACAUUCUGGUUUUUCCAAUGUCUGACUUGUCCACGGAGCAACCGUUCAACGUUCUGUCUUGCCCACCAAAGGAACCGGAGGAAAUUCAAGACGUUAUCAUUGACCACCUGAAGCAGUUCUAUGGAGAAACUGCAAGCGUUGGAUUCAGUUCACCGUGGGGAAAAUUUCCAGAACUUCGGACACAGGACCUCAACCUCUGCCUGUAUCGGGUGCUGGACUUCCGAAACAGGAACGAUAUACCAGACAUCACUUCUAUGUACCAUGACAGUAAUCAGCCCCCUUAUAGGUGUCAUGAAGUGUCCAUUUAUGACCUCUUCUCACCAGUUCAACACAAUCUCACACAGAUCACCCUAGUCGAGAGCGAUGUCCACGAGCAACGAUUGCUCUGCUGGAAGUUAUUAUACGACUGGUCCACAAAGACAAUGGUGUCGUCCCCUUUCUAUGUGAACAAGUUCACCGUCAUUAUUUAUGUAGACUGUCUCCAAGUAUCAACAUUGUCGGAUAUAAAACCUGCGGAAGCAAGAGAGCGGUUGGUUUCAUUAGUGAAUAUUUUGUUCAAUCCGUUGAUCCAAGAGAAGAAAUGCAGCUGCAAGGAUAUCUGCGAUUGGCUGGUUUCCAUCCAAAACGAAGUACUCGUUAUUCUUGAUAACUUUGAUUAUGUAAAUGAUUCCGGUAAAGAAGACCUACGUGGUAUUCUCAGUUCUCUGUGUUUACCCGAGGCGCAACUGCUAAUAUCCUGCCGUCCAAGAUUCGCCAAUCGACAACUCUGUGAUCAAAUGUUUCUUAAUGUCGGACUCCAGUUCCAUUGUAGUUUUGUGUUCCUUCAAGAAAUGCUGCUGUCAGAUUUCUCUGCAUUGGAGGUGUCGCUUUUGAUUCAGAAGGUUCGGAAAGAUUUGGUGCUUACUAGAAUUCUCCGGAAUGUCUAUACACUAGUUCUGCUAGCGUGGCUUAUUAUAGACAACCAUGCUAAACCAAAGACUAAUAGUAUUUAUCAUUUGUACAGAGAACUUACGCAAUGUGCCCUUAGUCGGUACUAUACCAAAUUUCAAAUUCUUCCCGAAAGACAUUUAAUAUCUGUAGUUUUGAAGAAAUUGUCCACACUGUCUGUAAAAAUGUGGAAAUCAGAGAGGUCAUUCUGUAGCCCUAAAGAAAUAGAUUCCCAUUUCUGGCAGCUCCCUAAUACUCAUCUUGGCUUCUUUGUUGAGGCCAAACUUCUUCCUUUGCAAAAUUCCACAUCAUACUACAUGUUUCCUAGCACAAACUUUUUAGAAUAUUUUGUCUCUGUUUACAUCGCUGAACACACAGACAGGUACGAGAGAGAUAAUCUUUUAGAGUGGGUAUUAAGUCGAGAAAUGGGUUUCCUCUGGGUAGUGUUAACUGGUUCCCUUAUGUCCUGUUACGACGAGGACGCAGUUCGCUGUUUACUAGAUGUCAUGGCAAAUAUGAGUCGGAAAAAAUGUGUCGGCAUCGGAAUCUUUGAUAAAAUAACAAGAGGCAAUGUACAUGACUACGAUUUAUGUUUAGAGUGCCUUAGUCAGAUCUAUUUUCCUUCUUCUCUUAUGAACUGUGUUGUGGAACAUUUUCCAGAUGUCUUAGAGUUCCACAUUCAGAGAUGCCCACCUCAAGUUCUUGAAAAUUUCUGUCGACUUGCAAGGCUUUGUCGGUUAAGAAUCCGUGGCAUCACUCUUCAUUUGGAUGGCAUGGAGGACCAAUAUUUCUUGUGUAUAUCCUUGGCCCAUGCUAUAAACCGACUAGAAAAUUUGACCACGCUGCUUAUACACUGCGAAAGUGUGUUCAACAGUCAGUACAUCGUCGAUAUUGUAUGCGAAAUAUUUAAAAAGAAUAAAUAUAUACGAACUUUGUCAUUUUGCGGUGAAAUGAACAGGGCUGGAAAUUUCACACCGAUUAUGUACAAAAAGGUACGGUCCGUUUUCACAAGCGACAUAGCUUUGCGCAUGCUCUGUAUAGACAACAUUCACAAUCGCCAUCGUCUAGCGUACAUCCUUAAUGUGUUUCCCCACAUUUUCGAGAAAAUUGAAUUGGCAAGAUGCGACUUGGAAAGUGCCACUGAGAACCUCGUCGGUAAAAUCAAGUUCUCAAAGAACUUCUCCAGUUUUUCGGUCAGCAAUUGCGUCACCAGCGUCACCUCUGUGAACCGUAUCUUAGAAGAGCUGCUCAACUGCGAAGGCCUACGCAAGCUGAACCUCAGUCUACUGUCGCCGUUGCGUAACUUCAACUGCAUUGAUAUUCGCUCCGGUGCGUUUAAAGUCGCAGUUGAUGACAGAGCGUGCGAAAAAAUCAAACAGAUGAUACUCAACCUCCCUCAGCUGACGGAACUCAUCCUUUGUCAAAACCGAAUCGGAGACCAGCAGGUGCAGCUCAUCCUGCAAGCCAUAAUCGACACCGGUCGCUUAGAACAUCUCGACCUGAGCGGUAACGUCAUAGGGGAUGCGAGCGGCAGCCUCUUGCAGAAGAUGAUGACCGAGUGUAGUAGUUUGAAUGUGUUGUGGCUUUGUUCGAAUGACUUCUCCGAGUCGAUGAGGAAGCAGUUGCUUCAAACCUCUAUAGGAUUGGACCAGUUAAAGUUAAUUGUUGAAAGAACUUGAAUUUUUGCGAGAUCCGUAAUAUUCAUAAAUUGUUAUAUUCUUGACCAAAACAUACAAAUAACAAAAAAAAAAAAUUAAGAAAAAAAAAUCAAAAACAAAUCAAAAUUCAAAAAAGUAGAAAAAAAAA